AUGUCGCGUGCAUUGGAUCAAGCCGAAGAGAACAAUCGUACGCUAUUGCCAAUCGGAUGGCAGCAGCAAGUUUCUUCAGCAAGCGAUGCACAGAGUUAUGUGAACGACGGGGCCACGACGCAUCCACAUGUAAUAACAUUGCCAAUUCGAACUGAUCGGCAAGUGAAGAGAUGUGAAAUCUUACGAGAAGAAUAUUGCAUCACAGAAGAUCCUGACGUGAUUGUCAAUGAGAGCAUACAACUGGACGAGAGCAUCGAUGAGGCAGUUUCGUUAUCGUCGUCAUCGUCAUCAUCGUCUUCAUCGUAUUUGCAUGAUUGGGUUCAGGAGAUGAUAGCUAAAUAUCCAACAGAGGAGCAGUUAUCUAAUAUGAUAAUUGAAAAUUAUUUUAAUUAUAUAUCAGCAACUCUACAAGACGAACCGGUAUCAGUAGAGCAUCAGCUGACGACUAUCGUCAUCAAUGACGACGACGAUGAUAGUGAUGCCGUGUUGGGUCCUGCUUCGAAGAAGAAGGAAGACGAAGACGAAAAUGAUGAUGAUCAAGAACAAAUGGAAUGUUAA